AUGGCUUGUGGACUGAAGAUUAAAGAUGAAGAAAGUGGCUAUAAUAAAAAUCUGUUUUGCAUUCCUAAGCAUUACGAAGAAGAUCUGGAAAGAGUCUUCAUUCCUCAUGGACUCAUCUUGGACAGGACAGAACGCUUGGCAAGAGAUAUCAUGCAAGACAUGGGAAGUCAUCAUAUCGUUGCGCUCUGUGUCCUUAAAGGAGGCUACAAAUUCUUUGCUGAUUUGCUGGACCAUAUAAAAGUACUAAAUCGAAAUGGUGACAAAUCUGUGCCUAUUACUGUGGAUUUUGUUAGAAUAAAAAGCUACUGUAGUGAUUCGCCCACAGAAAAAAUCAGUAUCAUUGGAGAAGAACUGUCUACGUUAAACGGGAAGAAUGUGUUAGUAGUAGAGGAUGUUAUUGAGACUGGCAGAACAAUGAAGGCACUGCUUUCAAAACUAAGAGACUACAACCCAAAGACUGUAAAAGUAGUAAGCCUGCUCAUUAAAAGGACGCAUCAAAGCUCAGGUUACAGACCAGACUAUGCGGGUUUUGAAAUUCCAGAUAAAUUUGUGGUUGGAUAUGCUCUUGACUAUAAUGAAUACUUCAGGGAUCUAAAUCACAUCUGCAUUCUGAAAGAGAAAGCCAAAGAAAAAUAUAAAAUCUGA